AGGUGUUUGACGAGCCAUGUCAGCUCCUCUCCUCAUGUUUGCUGACUAUUGGAUUCUUUUGGGACCCUCUAGCUGUUUGUGGACAUGUAGCGGAGAUUUGAAGAUGUUUCCCAUUUAAGUGUGGAUUUAGUGCAAGUUUUCCCCUCCUCGCGCAGAACUCAUGAAACCAUCUUCUCCACCGUGCGGACGAGCUCAUGAUGUCCAUGGCGCUCAUGCCUGACGCUUUCAGCAAUGGCCCCGCAGACCCGUCCAAAUCCGCCUUUCUGGAGUUCGGACACGGACACCCGGCGGCGCACCAGCAGCGCUCCCCGGGCCUCCCUCAUCACAUUUACCCAGUGCGCGGCUUGCAAGCUGCGGGCCACUCGCAGCACGACGGCUCCUUCCCGGCUGGCGCGUCCUAUGGCCGCUCGUUGGGUUACGCCUACCCCGGCGCCGUGAAUCCGCAUCCGGCGUCUGCGUACAUGUCCUACCAGCACAGCAGCAGCAGCCCCAGCGGCAGCAGUUUGAGUCUGCACGGACGAUUAGAGCACGCAGAUCACGACAAGUCCACGGCGCUGGAGAACAGAGAUGUUCGGUUAAAUGGCAAAGGGAAGAAAAUCCGCAAACCCCGAACCAUCUACUCCAGUCUGCAGCUGCAAGCCCUGCACCAGCGCUUCCAGCAGACCCAGUACUUGGCCCUCCCGGAGCGCGCGGACCUGGCGGCCAAACUCGGACUCACUCAGACUCAGGUGAAAAUCUGGUUUCAGAACAAGCGCUCCAAGUACAAAAAGAUCAUGAAGCAUGGAAGCGGACCAGAGGGAGAACACUUGAGCAGCACCAGCUCAGCCUCCCCCUGCUCUCCUCAUGGGAUGCCCCAACUUUGGGACGUGUCCAUGCAGGGGAACAAAGGAGGAGGCCCGGUGUACCCCAACAACUACAUGAACACUUUGAGUCACUGGUACCCCAACCAGCACCAGCAUGCUCACCAGGAGGGCAUGGCCAGGCAUCAGAUGAUGUGAGUGGAUUUAUCCUGCAGGCCUGAAGAUGAUUUUUUUUUUUUUUUUUUUUUU